AUGGGAUACAGAGAUGUGGACAUGACAUGUCCAGCUUAUAAUAUACAUGGAUUUAAUAAAGCAGUCACAAAACCAAAAGGAGAGAUUACAAUGCGAAUACUGUUGGGAGAAGUAGAAGUGAAGACAACAUUAUGUGUGGUUGAUAUCGAAUCACCAUACAACAUGUUAUUGGGGAGGCCAUGGGUGCACGCGAUAAAAGCCGUAGCGUCCACACUACAUCAAUGCGUCAGAUUCCCAAUUCCAAGCGGAAUAGGUGAAAUUAGAGGAGAUGUUACAAGUGCGAAGAUCUGCCAUCAGGUAGAUGUAAAAAAUUAUGAAGGACGUGCAAAGAAGCGAAAGAAUCGCUGGAGAAAAGCAAAGGAGUUAAGGAAAUAA